GAGCUGUCUAAAUUCUCAUUGGCUCAACAACGUUAUAUUCAGGUCAUUUGUUCAGGACACCCCAGUCGGGAACAUCGGGAGUGACAACAAAAACAUCGGUAACAUCGGGAGGGAAUUGACAGACCAACGUCAACAUGAAGGGCUUUAUCCUUAUGGUCCUGGGAGUAGGCCACCUUUAUGAGGCAUUUGGUGUGAGUCACUCAAUGACGUAUUUCUACACCACCUCCUCUGAAGUUCCCAACUUCCCAGAGUUUGUGGUUGUGGGGAUGGUGGAUGGUGUUCAGAUGGUUCACUAUGACAGCAACAGCAAGAGAAUGGUGCCCAAACAGGACUGGAUGAACAAGCGGACAAACACACAGUACUGGGAGAGUCAGACAGCGACUGCCUUGGUUUCCCAGGAGACUUUCAAAACUGACGUCGAUAUUCUAAAGCAGCGUUUUAACCAAAGUGGAGGAGUCCACAUUCUGCAGUACAUGUAUGGCUGCACAUGGGAUGAUGAGACUGGACAGACAGGGGGGUUUAGACAGCAUGGUUAUGAUGGGGAGGACUUCCUUGUGUACGACAUGAAGACCUUCACUUGGAUCGCUCCUAAACAGCAAGCUGAGAUCACUCUGCGCAAGUGGAACCGUGACCAAUCUGGACUGGCAUUCCGGCAGAACUACCUCACCCAGGAGUGCAUUGUGUGGCUGAAGAGGUAUCUGGACUAUGGGAAGAGUACUCUGAUGAGAACAGUCCCCCCCUCAGUGUCUCUGCUCCAGAAGACCCCCUCCUCUCCAGUGACCUGCCACGCUACAGGUUUCUACCCCAGUGGAGUCAUGGUGGUCUGGCAGAAAAACGGACAAGAUCACCAUGAAGAUGUGGAGCAUGGAGAGACUCUCCACAACGAUGAUGGAACCUUCCAGAAAAGCACCCACCUCACAGUGACGCCUGAGGAGUGGAAGAACAACAAGUAUCAGUGUGUGGUUCAGGUCACUGGUAUCAAGGAGGACUUCAUCAAGGUUCUGAUUGAGUCUGAGAUCCAGACCAACAGGGGUGACCCAGCCCCCAACUUUGUCCCCAUCAUUGGAGGGGUGGUGGCUCUCCUCCUGGUCGUUGUUGUUGUUGUUCUUGGGGUCGUCAUUUGGAAGAAGAAGAGUAAGAAAGGCUUUGUUCCAGCCAGCACUUCUGACACUGACUCUGAGAACUCUGGGAAAGGUGCCCAGAAGAUUUGAUAAACCUCUGCACUUCUGUGACAUCAGAGAAGCAACAAACGUUAAAACGUCAAACGUUAAACACACACAUCAGUCACACACACUCCAUAUAUACUGAACAAAAAUAUAAACAAUUUCAAAGAUUUUGCUGAAUUACAGUUCAUAUAAGGAAAUUGGUCAAUUUGAAAUAAAUUCAUUAGGGCCUGAUCUAUAGAUUUCACAUGACUGGGAAGGGGUGGGCCUGGGAGGGCAUAGAACCACCCACAGGAGAGCCAGGCCCAGCCAAUCAGAAUUACCCCCCCCCCCCCCCCCAAGGGCUUUAUUGCUUUAUUACAGACCAAAAAUACUCCCCAAUAAUUGGUGUAAGCAAAUUGAGCACAACAUUUGAGAGAAAUGCUAUUUGUACAUAUGGAACAUUUCUGGGAUCUUUUAUUUCAGCUCAUGAAACCUGGGACCAACACUUUAAAUGUUGUGUUUAUAUUUUUGGUCAGUGUGAUAAAAAUAAAAAAAUCCGCUGUCAAAAUUAUUCUUUGGUGAUUUCAUUGAACACUUUUACUUUCAUUUAAUCAUUGGUUUGGCUUUUUAAAAGUUGUGCUGUACUAUAAUUUUGAGUUAUAAAAUGUUAUAUUGCCACUGUGUGAUAGACUUAUCUCAGUCUUACAGUUAUAAUCAAUUAAACACCAUGAAAAUGUGUUUCUGGAAAGGAUUAGAUUGUUGCGAGAUGUUGAAUUAAGAUUUUAAAUUCUGUUAUUCUAACUGAAGCCAACAAAACAAUCACAUUUGAAAAUAUAAUAAUUUUAACUGGAAACACUCAAUUAUUUCGUUUGAAUGUGUAGUGUAGCAGCACGUGUUGGUGGUAUAAGAUACAGUAAUUGUGUGACGUUAUAACUUUGCUCACACUAACUUGUUUAAUUGCAUGGCUAUAAACCAGACAAGGCCUGUCCACAUGUUCCAUUUGUACAUUUUUCUCUUACUGAAAGGCGCUUUAUUUUUCUAUCUUUUUAGAUUUGAUGAUGUGUUUGAUUAUCAUGGGCCAUAACACUGUUUUUGACUGUACCUUCUGUAGUUGGUGAUGGAAAGUGAACAUGUAUUGUAAGUGUUUCUACUUUGUACCUUAUGGAUGCGCUACACAUUUGAAGAAAAGUGCCAUACUGGGCCUUUUUUAAAUAAUGUUUUCAGUAAGAUAUGUUUUAAACAGAAAAGAAUUUGAAGUGAAACAAUAUAAAUGUGUAUAUGGGCUUAAGAAGUAAUAUAAUAUACUGCUCUUUUCAUGACAUACUAACCAGGUGAAAGCUAUGAUCCCUUACUGAUGUCACCUGUUAAAUCCACUUCAAUCAGUGUAGAUGAAGGGGAGGAGACAUGUUAAAGAGGGAUUUUUAGACAUGGAUCAUUGAGAGAGGGAUGUGUGCCAUUCAGAGGGUGAAUGGACAACAUAUUUAAGUGCCUUAGAACGGGGUAUGGUAGUAGAUGCCAGGUGUACUGGUUUGAGUAUGUCAAGAACUGCAACGCUGCUGGGUUUUUCAUGCGCAACAGUUUCCCGUGUGUACCAGGAAUGGGCCACCACCCAAAGGACUUCCAGCCAACUUGACACAACUAUUGGAAGCAUUGGAGUCAACAUGGGCCAGCAACGCUUUCAACACCUUGUAGAGUCUAUGCCCAGAUGAUUUGAGGCUGUUCUGAGGGCAAAAGGGGGUGCAACUCAAUAUUAGGAAGGUGUAUAUUCUGAUGACCUGUAUGAAGGUUGAUGGGGCGGCAGGUAGCCUAGUGGUUAAGUGCUUCGGGCAAGUAACCGAGAGGUUGCUGGUUUGAAUCCUACCCUUACAACAACAAAAAGAGUACUGCACUUUCAACAAUGCAACUGCAGUUGACUGGUAUUUUGCAGAACAGUUGAACUGCAGUUAUACUGCAUUUGGGAUUUUUUUUAAAGCAUACUGCGCUCUUGACUGCAGCUGACUAGGUGAGAAAUUUGUCGAUGUGUCUUUGAGCAAGGCACUUAACACUAAUUACUCUUGAGAGUGUCUAGUAAAUGACAUGUAGAUGUUUGAAUAAAAUGCUUAUUUAAAAAGGGAAUCUGCGCUGUUUAUUUUGUCCUCUAAACAAUCAUAUAUAGAGACUAGAAUAAAUCAUGUUCAGUAUCUUUACUUGUCUGGAGGUCCACAUCACUGCUGGUUUUCAUUCUCUUCUAAUCAGGGACUGAUUCAGACCUGGAAAACAAUGAAUCAAUGCUAUGUAUUGAUCAAUAAACAGCCAGGCAGAAAAUAGCACUAGCAGUACUUUGGCCCUCUAGAGAUGAAAUGAACAGCUAAAAUGCUGAAGUUGUCUGUGGUGAGAUUUAAACCCUCAACAUUUGGGUUGCUAGAUAUUUGCGCUAUACACCCACCAAUCCAACCACCCUCCUUAUCUUUUUGCCUUAAGUAACCUUUUGUCUUCUGUAAACAUAUCAAACGUAACAUCAUACUAAUUUGAGUGGCCCGGAUAUACAUUUACUAUGUAAAUAAUGAUUUAUUUUAUGAGACUAGGCUGUUUGAAUAGGACUUGCAACAGUUGCAACAAACAUUUUUAGGCAUGUAAGACCUUCAGAUUAAACAAUUGAGUUUGCAGUUUGAAA